UGAUCUUUUAGUUUUUAAAAUGCCCAAACGAAAGUGUACAUUUAAUGAUAAAUUAAAAACCAAGUAUCCGUUUGUGAAACAAAGAAGUGAUCCUUCCGACGUCACGUGUGAAAAGUGUCGUACUGAUUUUAGUGUUGCACAUGGUGGUGCUGGUGCCGUUGAAAAACAUUUACUGUCAGAAAAACACAAAUUAUCCGACCAUGCUGCUGCUUCAAGUUCAUCAAUGCACACAUUUUUAAAAAAAACGGAUUCACCUUCUUCUAAGGAUUUUGAAGUUGCUGCGGCAGAAGCCACUUGGGCUUAUCAUACUGUACAGAAAAGUCAUAGUUUUCGUUCGAAUGAUUGUGCUUCAAGAUUAAACAUGUUUCAAGCAAAAAUUUAGAUGUGCUCGCACUAAGUCCGAGGCUAUUGUAAAUGUUUUGGGGCCUAUGGCAAUACAUGAGUUAAACGACCAUCUCCGUAAAGCGAAUUGCAUUACUUACGGACGCUUCAAACCAUGGUUCUACAAAAUUAUUCCCUGUCUUAGUUCGUUACUUUUUACCGUAUGAAGGAGUGCAAGUAAAGAUUUUAGAAUUUCAAGAGCAACCGGGUGAAACAUCAGAUAUAAUUGUGGAUUAUUUAAAACAAGUAUUGACUAAAAAUGAACUGACGUCAAAAAUUGUUGCGUUUUGUGGGGACAAUACUAACUGCAAAUUUGGAGGAAAAAUAGAAAAGGAGUUAAUAACGUUUAUGCAAAAUUGAACACCUCUCUUGGAAGGACUCUCAUAGGAAUUGGAUGCGGAGCUCACAUAAUCCACAAUGCAGUUAAAACAGCUGCAGAUUGUUUACCUGUUGAUUUUGAAUGCAUAAUUGUAAAAAUACAUUCAUUUUUUUACAUUUAUAGUGUUCGUGUUGAAGCUCUUAAAGAAUACAAAAAACUUCUUGGUUAUAGUAAAACUAGAUUGCUUGCGUUGAUGCCUGCACUGGAAAGAGUUUUGAAAAUGUUUCAGCCAUUAAAAAAUUAUUUUUUGAGCAUUGAUAAAUGCCCAAAUAUACUGAAAGAAUUUUUUGAUAAUCCCAACUCUGAAUUAUGGUUGUAUUUUAUGCACGCCCAAUCAGCUACUUUUCAUCAUGCUGUAUUAAAGAUCGAGAGCCAAAACGUGUCUGCAAUAGAUGCCGCAAAUGAAAUUAAUCAACUUCAAAAUAAUUUAGAUCAAAAACAAAAUUCAUGCUAUCUUCCCCACGCCACCCGUAAUAUAAUGGUAAAAUUACAAGAAACUGGUGAUAUAAAUAAAGAAAACGUAAGAACUGCAGCGUCUAAUUUUUAUAAAACAAGCAAAGAAUAUUUGGAGCAGUGGUGUUAGUUCAACGAAGAAGUAAAACAAUUUGAAUGGGCAAAUCUGAGAAAGGUUCCCUUGUGGGAAUACGUACAAAAAGUGAUGGACUUACUUAUUGAACAGAAAUUUAUAAGUAGCAGUCAAGACACAGGAGUGUUUGACGAGUUUUCACUAAUUUCUAAGUAUAUAACAGCUCAAAAAAUAUACGACUGGAACACCGGGAAUAUACCUACUGAAAAUCGUUGAGUGGAAGUAUUUAUGCACUUUAAUGCUAAUGAUCUCUCACACGUGAAUUUUUCUAUAAUUGUUAAAUACAUUUUGUGUCUGGCAGGCAGUAACGCUCCAGUUGAAAGAGUGUUCUCUCAUAUGAAUAAAAUAUGGAGCACUGAAAAAACUCAGUUGGGAUUCUGUGUAUUAAAAGCCAUUCUCAUAACAAAGGGUAACAUAAACAAAUCAUGUCAAGAGUUCUAUUCUUACAUACAAACCAAACAGGCUACUUUAAAGCAGAUUUGUAGAUCCGACAAAUAUAGGAAACCAGCCGAAUAAUAUAGUUAGUUAAUCCUCGUAAAAGAGUGGUAAAGCAAUAUUCAUUUUUAAUAUAUUCAAGACGUGCGGACAGGAGAGCCAGUGGGGACUAUCGCCUCUCCUCAGAUUUUUAUGCCAGUUACAACAUUUUUACAAAUUUAUUCAGUAUAUAAAUUAUUUAUUUAACAAUGACUAUUUAUUAUAUUUCAGCACUUUACACCGUUUAAAAAACCAAUAGUAUGAUGAUAAUAAUAAUUAAAUAUGAUGUAAAUUUGAUCAAAUAAAGUUAUUUUUUGUUUAAA